AAUAUCCGGUUUAAUCGUAAUUUUUUCUGCAAGUAGCAAGAAAACGCAAGAUUUGUCGCAAUUUCUAGUCUUUUCGUCAAAUCAAGUAUCUCGUUAUAGUCACUUUCAGUUUCGUGUACAAGAUGUUGAUGCCAAAAAAGAAUCGUGUAGCAAUUUAUGAGUACCUUUUCAAAGAGGGAGUCAUGGUUGCGAAAAAGGACUUUAUUGGUAAACACCCUGAACUAGAAAAUAUUCCCAAUUUGCAAGUUAUUAAGACUAUGCAGUCUUUGAAAUCUAGAGGUUAUGUCAAAGAACAGUUUGCUUGGAGGCACUUUUAUUGGUACUUAACCAAUGACGGCAUAGAAUAUCUGCGUGCCUACUUACAUCUGCCGCCAGAAAUAGUACCGUCCACUUUGAAAAAGCAACCAAGAUCAGAGACCACAAACAGAGGUCCGAGACCAGCUGCCACCAGAUCCGAAGGAUCGAAACCAACAGAAGAUCGAGCGGGAUACAGGCGGGGUCCGGGCGGUCCUCCUGGCGCUGCUGACAAGAAGGCGGAUGUUGGUGCUGGUACCGGCGAUCUGGAGUUCCGAGGUGGUUUCGGUCGCGGAAAAUCUCUUCAAUAAUUUUGUUAUGUACAAAAAAACAUCUUAGUCAUGUAGGUUUUAUUGGAAUAAACAGGUAUUUCCUAUAUUCGAAUAAAA